AAUGUUAUAACUCAAUCUUUCAAUCUCUCUCCUAUAUAGUGUUGUACAGAGAGAAGAAAAAACAGAAAAAAAGACAAGGAAAUUAAAAAAACGAAACUUGGAAACCAGAGAGUCAUGGUUUCAACGAGACGAAGUGGAUCUCUCUCGGGUAGUAAAAGUAAGAGAUCUUGUUCUUCUGAGGAUAAGCCUCCGUCUCCAAAACGGCAAAAGGUGGAAAAUGCGGAGAACCCGAUGCCGGCGGCGGAGAGUUCCAAAGAAAUGUGCACGUCGCCCGCCGUGGAUCCUGGAGAUUGCGGAAACGGCGAUGCUCCGAUCGCCGGAGACGGCUUGAACCUCGGGAAGGGCGAGACGUCAUCGGCCGUUGUCCCCGUUACAGCACCGAUCGCCGAUGGUUCUGCACCGAUUGUUUUGGACAAGGGGAGGAGUUCAUUCUCUACAUGGAGUAUUUGCCAGAAACAGAAUCCAAAUUUUGAGACUUCUACACCUUGGUGCAGGCUUUUGUCGCAAUUUGCGCAGAAUCCUAAUGUUCCCAUUUGCACAUCAAAUUUCACAAUUGGCUCGAGUAAACACUGCAAUUUCCAAUUGAAGGACCAGGCAAUUAGUGCAAUGCUUUGCAAGAUAAAACACACACAGCAAGAAGGCAGUGCAGUAGCCAUGCUAGAAAGCACUGGGAGCAAGGGAUCAGUGCAAGUUAAUGGGACAGUGGUGAAGAAGAAUACCAGUUGUGCGCUUAACUCGGGUGAUGAGGUGGUCUUCGGUUCGAUGGGGAAUCAUGCUUAUAUAUUUCAGCAACUCAUGACUGAGGUUGCAGUUAAAGGUGCUGAGGUCCAGAAUACUGUAGGAAAGUUUCUGCAACUUGAGAGGAGGUCAGGGGAUACAUCAGCUGUUACUGGGGCUACCAUAUUGGCAUCACUUUCAAGUCUGAGGCCAGAUUUAUCCCGCUGGAAAUCUCCUUCUCAAGCCAGCAGUAAGAUCCACCAGGUGGCUGAGGUGCCUACUCAUUCUGUCGUUCAUGAUGCUGCGGAUGUUGAUCUUGAUGGCUUGGAAGGAAAUUCAACUGCAAAUAUAGGGAGUGAUAAAGCUGCUGAGGUUGGAGCACUCAACAAGAAUCUUCCUCUUGAUUGCAACCACGACUCCAGCAUAGAGGCAGGCAAUGUAAAACUCUCUGGGGUGAAUGAUUUGCUAAGGCCUUUCUUGAGGAUGUUUGCUCCAUCAACUAGUUGUAAUCUGAAAUUGAGCAAAAGUAUCUGUAAACAGGUAUUGGACGAAAGAAACGAGUGGGCGAGGGAUUCACAGCCAGCAUCAACAUCGAGUAUGUCACUCCGCUGUGCAGUGUUCAAAGAGGAUAUUCAUGCAGGAAUUCUUGAUGGCAGAAAUUUAGAAGUGUCAUUUGAUAACUUUCCAUAUUAUUUAAGUGAAAAUACGAAAAAUGUGCUGAUAGCAGCUUCAUUUAUACACCUCAAGCACAAAGAACAUGCGAAGUAUACUUCAGAGCUAACUACUGUGAAUCCACGGAUUUUACUUUCUGGUCCUGCAGGGUCUGAGAUAUACCAGGAGAUGCUGACAAAGGCACUUGCUAAUUAUUUUGGGACCAAAUUGCUCAUUUUUGAUAGCCAUUCUUUUUUGGGUGGUUUGUCUUCAAAGGAAGCUGAGCUGCUGAAGGAUGGAGUCAAUGCAGAAAAAUCCUGCACCUGCACCAAACAGAGUCCUGGACCUACUGAUUUGGCCAAGAGUUUGACUCCAACUGUUGAAGCUGAAACGUCAAGCCCUGUGGCUGCCCCUUCUUGUGGGCCUGAAUCUCAACCGAAGACAGAAGCUGAUACCAUGCCCUCCUCAUCUGGGUCAUCUAAGAAUCAAAUGUUUAAAAUAGGUGACAGAGUAAAAUUUAUGAAUUCAACUUCAGGUGGUCUAUAUUCUGCAGUGUCUUCACCUAGAGGCCCGCCUAAUGGGGUUCGUGGGAAGGUUGUCUUACUCUUUGAGGACAAUCCUUUCUCAAAAAUUGGUGUAAGGUUUGAUAAGCCUGUACCUGAUGGCGUUGACCUUGGAAAUAUUUGCGAGGGUGGCCAUGGAUUUUUCUGCAAUGUGUCUGAUCUUCGUUUGGAGAACUCAAGCACAGAGGAUUUAGAUAGAUUACUCAUUAACACAUUGUUUGAGGCUGUAUACAGUGAGAGCAGAACUUCUCCUUUUAUUUUGUUUAUGAAAGAUGCUGAGAAGUCUCUUGCAGGAAAUACGGACUCUUAUACUACAUUUAAAUGCAGACUUGAAAAGCUUCCUGAUAAUGUCAUUGUAAUUGGUUCACAUACUCAUACUGACAAUCGUAAGGAGAAGUCACAUCCUGGUGGUUUGCUUUUCACAAAAUUUGGUGGCAGUCAAACUGCUCUCCUUGACUUGGCAUUUCCGGAUAGUUUUGGAAGGUUGCAUGACAGGGGGAAGGAAGUUCCAAAGGCAACAAAACUUUUGACUAAGCUUUUUCCAAAUAAAGUGACCAUUCACAUGCCACAGGAUGAAGCCCUGCUUGCAUCUUGGAAGCAUCAAUUGGAUUGUGAUGCUGAAACUCUGAAAAUGAAGGGGAAUCUGAAUCUACUGCAAACUAUUUUAAGUCGGAGUGGGAUGGAAUGUGAAGGGCUUGAAACUUUGUGCAUCAAGGAUCAAAGCCUUUCAAAUGAAAGUGCUGAGAAGGUAGUUGGAUGGGCUCUAAGUCAUCAUCUAAUGCAGAAUCCUGAAGCUGAUGCUGACUCAAGGCUUCUUUUGUCUUGUGAGAGCAUCCAGUAUGGCAUUGGAAUCUUACAGGCUAUCCAGAAUGAAUCUAAAAGCUUGAAGAAGUCACUUAAGGAUGUUGUAACAGAAAAUGAAUUUGAGAAAAGGCUUUUAGCUGAUGUCAUUCCACCCAGUGACAUUGGAGUUACCUUUGAUGACAUUGGGGCUCUUGAAAAUGUGAAGGAUACAUUAAAAGAGUUGGUUAUGCUUCCUUUACAGAGGCCUGAACUCUUUUGCAAGGGGCAACUGACCAAGCCUUGCAAGGGCAUACUCUUAUUUGGACCUCCUGGAACUGGGAAGACUAUGCUGGCAAAGGCUGUGGCUACUGAAGCUGGUGCAAACUUCAUCAAUAUAUCCAUGUCAAGCAUCACAUCAAAGUGGUUUGGUGAGGGUGAGAAAUAUGUUAAAGCUGUUUUUUCCCUAGCCAGUAAAAUUGCUCCUAGUGUCGUAUUUGUUGAUGAGGUUGAUAGCAUGUUGGGCCGGAGAGAAAAUCCAGGGGAGCAUGAAGCCAUGCGUAAGAUGAAAAAUGAAUUUAUGGUGAACUGGGAUGGCCUACGUACAAAAGACACAGAACGGGUUCUUGUACUUGCAGCCACAAAUAGGCCUUUUGACCUUGAUGAGGCUGUCAUUAGAAGGCUGCCCCGUAGAUUGAUGGUAAAUUUGCCAGAUGCUGCAAAUAGAGCAAAGAUACUAAAGGUUAUUCUUGCAAAAGAGGACUUGUCUCCUGAGGUUGAUUUUGAUGCUGUUGCGAGUAUGACAGAUGGAUAUUCUGGGAGCGACUUGAAGAAUCUAUGUGUGACUGCUGCACACCGUCCAAUUAAAGAGAUUCUGGAAAAGGAGAAAAAGGAACGAGCUGCUGCUCUAGCAGAGGGCAAACCUCCACCGCCUUUGAGUGGGAGUGCUGAUAUACGUCCUCUAAACAUGGAGGACUUUAAAUAUGCUCAUGAGCGGGUAUGUGCCAGUGUAUCAUCUGAGUCUGUAAACAUGACUGAGCUGCUUCAAUGGAAUGAGCUCUAUGGUGAGGGUGGUUCAAGAAGAAAGAAGGCUCUCAGCUACUUCAUGUGAAGGCUUUUUGUACAAAUGGUUCUUUUCUUCCAAAAUUUUCUGCUCUUCUCCUAAAGCCUGUAUGCAAGUAAUUUUCUGUGCUGUGGUCUGUGGGGGGCUCAGUGGGGAGCUAUUUUGUCUGUGUAAUGGAAGUAUAGGUUUUAAGUUAUGUUUCUCAGGCCAGCUCGGGGAUGGUCGGUAUUAAGGGAGUGAAACCUACCAAACUUCUGGCUUGGUUGCACUGCUUUCGUUUUGUUCCCCAUCUCCUUAAUGCCAGCACGAAGAGCAUGUUUUUUGUAUUUAAGUUAUUGAACAUCCCAUAAAAAGAAAGAGAGGACGCUGUGAAUAUAUUUAUAGUGAUUCUUUUUCGUGCUUGUCAGAAUUCAUCAAUAAGUAAUGCUAGCAGAUUUCUUUUAA